AUGGCUCAUGCAGUUUUCCACGUUCGGGUAUUGCAAUGUAUUUGGAGUGUACCAAGAUUUCUACGUUCGAACGUUUUUGAUAAAUUCUUCUUCCUCAAGCAUAAGCUUAAUUGGCAGCACACAGCUUCUUUUGCUCUUAUCAAUCGGCUUACUUACUGGCAGGGCCUUUGAUAGGGGUUACUUAAUGUAAAGCUACCAUAUGAUAAUAUCUGGGACUAUUCUCUUUGCUUUUUGCCUCUUCAUGUUGUCCCUUUCACAUCCGCAGAAUUACUAUCAAGUCUUUUUAAGCCAAGGACUCGGACUCGGAAUCGCAAUGGGAAUGACAUACAUUCCAACGAUGGGUGUUAUUGCUCAUCACUUCCAGCGCCGUCGAACAAUCGCCCUUGGCAUCGUUGCAUCAGGCACUUCUGUUGGAGGCAUCGUCCAUCCAAUAAUGCUCAAUAACCUGUUCCAUGGUCCAACAGGCUUUGCUAAUGGAGUCAGGGCAAGUGCUGGCUUGAAUCUUGCUCUUAUGGGAUUGGCAUCACUUUUGAUGAGGACGAAGCUCCGGCCUAAACCCUCAGCUCCUCUUUGGCCCAUACUCAAACGCUCCAGUAAAGAUAUUCCUUUUGUUCUUGCAGUAACUGGAGCAACACUUGUGAUUAUAGGUUUAUACGUCCCGAUCUUCUUCCUGCAGCUUUACGCAAUUGGUCAUGGGGUGAAUCCUGCUCUUGCAUUUUACACGCUGACGAUACUGAAUGCUGCCAAUGCAUUUGGACGUAUCGUUCCGAACUGGGCGGCACACUAUGUCGGCGUGUACAAAAUGAUUGUCCCCUGCACAGCAGUUACAGGAGGUCUCAUCUAUGUCUUUCUCGUUACGCGUGAUGGCCCUAGCAUAAUAAUUUUUGCUAUAUUCUUUGGCUUCUUCUCGGGCGUCUAUAUUUCUUUACUUGUGCCGAUGCUUGCUCAGAUUGGUCGUAAUAUGUCGGAGCUUGGUACUCGUAUGGGUAUCUGUUUCACUUUAACUGGUGUCGGCUCUUUUAUUGGUACUCCAAUUGCCGGCGCUCUUUUGACUCGAGAUUUCAUUUGGUGGCGUCCAAUCGUUUUUGCAGGAACUAUGAUCAUUUGCGGAGCCGCGACACUGGCACUUUCUGGUGUCAUUUGGGUAAGGAAGGUCAGCACGAGUAGGAAAUAGGCAAUUGAGCAUCUGUGUCCUCGUACCUCGCAC